AUGUAAUAAUAGCAAUCUAAAAAAUCUAAUGAAGGAGAACCAAUAUUUAAUGGAUCAUUUAAAGAUAAAAAUAAAAAAGAUGAUAAAAAAAAGAAAAAUAAAUUGAUUAUGAAUGUGUCAGGUAACUUUGAAUUUAAAAAGAGAUACAAAUUAUGAUGUAGUUAAGUUUGUAGGGAAAAAGAUAUUCAAAUGGAUAUUAUAAUAUGAACCAGAUGGAGUUAAUUGGGAUAUUUUUUGGACAGAUUCAGCUGUUUAAUCAGAAACUUUAGGUAAAAUGUAACGUAAGUUUAUUAAACUAUAUUUGAAAAGCUCAUCAAAAAAUAAAUCAUUUUCCAGGCAUGUAUUCACUAGCUCGUAAAAAUCAUCUAGGAAGAAAUUUGAUGAAAAUGAGAAAACAAUUUCCAAACGAUUAUAAAUUUUUUCCAUAAACUUGGUUAUUACCAGCUGAAUAUGGAGAUUUUAAAAAUUAAUUUGUUAAAGGAAAAGUAAGAACAUUCAUAGUAAAACCAGAGGCAAGUUGUUAAGGUAGAGGAAUAUUUCUUACAAGAAAUAUUAAUGAUAUUAAUCCAACAGAUCAUUAUGUGGCACAAAGAUAUAUGCAUAGGCCAUUUUUGAUUGAUGGACUGAAAUUUGAUUUAAGAGUUUAUGUAUUAUUGGCUGGUACAGAUCCUAUGAGAAUUUAUGUAUAUUAGGAUGGAUUAGUAAGAUUUGCAACUGAAUCAUAUGUUGCUCCAACUGCAAAUAAUUUGGAAGAUGUUUGUAUGCAUUUAACUAAUUAUGCUAUUAAUAAGGAAAAUCCAAACUUUGUUUUCAAUAAUGAUGCAACUAAAAUGGAUAUUGGUCACAAGAGGUCAAUUAAAUCUGUAUUUAGUAAAUUAUAAGAGGAAGGACAUAAUAUAUAAAAAUUAUGGUAAGAUAUGUAUAAUUUGUUUAUUAAAACAUUUUGUACUGUCUAACCAAUUCUUAGUCAUCAUUACAAGUCAUGUUAACCUGAUAAUUAUGCAAAUAAUAUGUGUUUUGAAAUACUUGGAUUUGAUAUCUUCUUAAAUGAUAAAUUGAAUCCAUUUUUAUUAGAAGUUAAUCAUACUCCUAGUUUUACAACAGAUACACCAUUAGAUUCAUUAAUAAAAAAGAAUCUCAUAAGAGAUACUUUAAAAUUGAUGAAUGUAAGUCAUUAAGCUAAAGAAGAAAUAAUUGCAUAAAGAAAAGAGUAAUUAUAAUAGAGGGUUUUAACACGCAAGAAAUAGAAAUUAACAUAAGAAGAGAAAUAACUUCUUAUUUAGUAAAUUUGUGAAUAACGAGAUAAACAUGAAAAUAAUAAUUUAGGAGAUUAUGUCAAAAUAUAUCCAUUAGAAAAUGCUCAUGAAUAUAUUAAAUUCAUUGAUUUUGCAACUUAAUUAUAAGAUAAUUGGACUGGAGCAAGUAAAUCAAAUUCUAAUAUUAUUUAAUAGAUAUUAAAAGAAAUUAAAAAAAGGGCUAAUCUCAAACUCCUUAAUUUCAGUUACCUAAACCUUCAACUAUUCCUAUGAAAAAAUUAAAUACUCCUUAAAUGUUACCAAAAAUUUAUAAAAAAUAAAACAAAAUUCGUUAAUCAACUGAAUCUGAUAAUAAUAUAGAAACUAAAAGUAAAAGAUAAUCAACCUCAAGAAAGGCUACAAAAUAAUAAAAUAGAUAAGUAUCUGAUCCACUUUUGUAAAAAUAGGAUUUAAGUAUUAAAAUUUUGUAGUCACCAUUACAAUAAUAAUAAGUUAUUUAAUAAUAAUAGUAAUUGAAAUCAAAACCAUAUCUAUAAACUAAAUUGUUUGAAUUAGAUAUGGUAAGUCCUCAAAAUAGAUCAAAUUCUUAAAGUAAAAAAUUUAAUUAAUUCAAAAUAUAAUGA